AUGCCUGAGCGAACCGCCGCCGCCGCGUCCGCCAAAUAUCGCGAGACCGUCAAGUUGCGAGACAGCUGCGAGAUUUGCGCCAGUGCCAAGGUCCGGUGCAGCAAAGAAAAGCCAUCAUGCUCGCGCUGCAUCAACCGCGGCUUGAAAUGUGAAUAUGGCCUUUCGCGCCGC